AUGAUCAUGUUGCUCAUGUUCGCCCUCUUCACAAGUUACACCCUGCAGCAGAAGAAGAUCCAAGCUGUGCAUGAGACUGUUCUGUCGAUUUUCGCAGGCAUGUUUGUUGGGUUGAUCAUUCGUCUGACUCCUAAGUCGACUCUGCAAGACAGCGUCGCCUUCGACUACCAAUUCUUCUUUAAUCUCCUCCUCCCUCCAAUUAUCCUCGCCUCCGGAUAUGAGCUUCACCAAGCGAACUUCUUCCGCCAUAUCGGCACCAUCCUCACCUUCGCGUUCGCCGGUACUCUUAUCUCCGCAGUCGUUCUCGCCCUGGUCUUGUACUUAUGGACACGAAUUCCGCUGAACGGCCUCGAUAUUUCUUUCGUUGAAGCGCUCUCCGUUGGAGCUACUCUUUCUGCUACAGACCCUGUCACCAUCUUAGCUAUUUUCAAUCUCUACAAGGUUGAGCCAAAGCUGUACACGAUCAUUUUCGGAGAGUCCAUUCUUAACGAUGCGAUUGCUAUUGUGCUCUUCGAGACUGCGCAAAAGUACGCCCAGAAUGCGGCCGGCUCGUUGACAAUCCUCCAUUUAUUCGAGGCUAUCGGACUCUUCCUGCUUGUGUUCUUUGGUAGUAUGGUGGUCGGCAUGCUGGUGGGAAUCACUACAGCACUGGGUCUGAAGUACACUCACGUGCGACGUAUGCCCCAUAUUGAGAGCUGUCUGAUUAUUUUGAUCGCAUAUGCCAGCUAUUUCUUCUCCAACGGCGUGCACUUGUCUGGUAUUGUGUCUCUGCUGUUCUGCGGCAUCACUCUCAAGCAUUAUGCAUACUACAACAUGUCGCGCCGCACGCAGUUAACUACCAAAUACCUAUUCCAGGUGAUGGCCCAACUUUCGGAGAACUUUAUCUUCAUUUACCUUGGUCUCGACUUGUUUGUCGAAGCCAACCUUCAAUUCAACCCUCUAUUCAUCCUAGUGGCCUUCUUCGGUAUCUGCCUGGCGCGUUAUCUCGCGGUGUUCCCGCUGUCCAAGGCUAUCAAUUGGUUUAUUCGGUACCGCGCCCGCCGUCGUGGCGUCGAGGUCACCGAUGAGCUACCAUUCGCCUAUCAAGCCAUGCUGUUCUGGGCUGGGCUCCGAGGUGCUGUCGGUGUGGCUCUAGCAGCCGGUCUUACUGGGGUGAACGCCCCUGCCCUUCGUGCCACCGUCCUCGUCGUUGUUGUGUUGACCGUCAUCAUCUUCGGUGGAACCACAGCCCGCAUGCUCGAGAUUCUAGGCAUCAGAACCGGUGUGGUUGAAGAACUUGACUCCGAUGAUGAAUUCGAUACUGAAGUCACCCAUGGCGGCACUUAUUACAAACGCUCCGAUACCAGCCUGGGCUACACUCCACGACGCACUGGCUCAAACAUUCCCCUGGACGGCCUCACAACAGACCCCAACGCUUCACGUGCCGGACUUGGAGCGCGAGCCGGCAGCUACUCAAGUGGAAGCAGCCGCCGCCCCAGCCCACCUUACACUCACACCCGGAUGUACUCGGCCGCCUACGGUAACAAGGAUCAGUCCUGGCGCGACCGCCAAUCUGCCGCAACCCUCCUCAACGCUGGUGCUGGCCCAAGUGCCGGUGAAGGUAGUGAUGACGAGUUCGGUCUCCCACCCACAGGUAUCCUCCGCAACGACCCUACCCACCCCGAUGAGUUCGAUCUCGAUAUGGAUGGAAUUUCCGACGAUGAUCUUCCCCCCGCGGCCAAGGGCGCUUCUCGUCUCCGACGCUCCGCCUCCCAGCCUCCUCGCCCCAUCGGUACUCCCUCCCCCAACUUGGCCGCAACUUACGGCGUCUCGCCCUCCCGUCAUCUCCCUGGUCUUACUGCUCGCGAAGCACUGCGGGAUCUCUUCUCCGGCGGGGCUUCGGGUGAUCAUGCGGCUUGGUUCCGGCAGCUCGACGAAGAGUACAUCAAGCCAACCUUGCUGCUGGAUCAGUCGAACCACAAGGGACCUGGACCAGGUAAUGUUUGA